CUGAGGAUUCUGGGAGGCUUUGUCGUCCUGGUAACGACAGAAGGAGACAUGAUCUACCUGUCAGAUAACAUCAGAGAAUACAUGGGCCUAACUCAGGUGGAGUUGAUGGGGCAUAGCAUAUAUGAUUUCACACACCCCUGUGACCAUAAGGACAUCAGAGACAACCUUGACAUCACUGGAGUUCCAGGGCGGAGCAGGUGUGGAGGACAGAGAGACUUUCUGAUGAGGAUGAAGAGUACAGUGACUCACAGAGGAAGAACUGUUAAUCUCCGAUCAGCCGUCUGGAGGGUGCUGCAGGUGUGUGUGUCCAGACCCUCUCUUUCCUGUGUGCUCUUCACCUGCCAGCCCCUCUCCCUCUCUCACACACUCCUACACACACACACCUUCACCAGCCAACACAGCAUGGACAUGAGGUUCACCUACUGUGACCAAAGGGUGACUGGGUUUUUAAGUUAUCAUCCAGAGGAGCUGCUGGGUGUCUCUGUGUAUGAGCUGUGUCACACUCUGGACUUACACACUCUGACCAAGAGCCACCAGAACCUGUGUUCUAAGGGUCAGUCAGUGAGUGGGGUGUACAGGGUGUUGGUGAGAGGGGGAGGGUACAUGUGGGCGGAGACUCACAGUGCUGUCAUCUCUAAACCCCGCCCAACACAGCCACACCCAUCAAAGCCACACCCAUCUAAGCUCUCACCACCACCCUUCGUUGCUUGUGUCACCUACAUCCUCAGUGGUGUCAAGGAGCCAACUCAGCUGCUGUCUCUGGGCCAGAUGAACUGAAGGGAGUAACAUCUAGCCCCUUCAUGGACCACUCUCAGGAUGGACUUUGAUUAGCUUUAAUUUUUCAUUCUAUAAAGAAAUUCUGAAUUUCUCCAUAAAAUCUUAGCUUUUUUUAGUAUAGCUGUAGCUACAUACUGUGAAA